UAUAAAUAAAUAUAAUAAUAAUAAACAUUAUAAAUUUAAAUGGUCAAAUAAAGGGAACGUACAUGCAAGGUAGUAACGACUAAUAAGAUUUAAAAUUGGGAUGAACAAACUUAAACAAGAGAAAUGGAUUACAAUCAUCGAGUCUUUGAAAACUCAACGGACUUUUUUAACCCGGUGUACGAGAAAGCUGCGGCCAAGCGGAAUCGUAUAAAACACGGCUGACGAAGACUCUCUCCUCAGUUCAUCUAACAUCCUAAUUCAGUUCGACGAUAUUACAAUGAAUAACUUGAUUGUCCUAUUAUUGACGUUGUAUGGGGUAUGUGACGUAUUGGCUGGUAGACGUUACAUUGCUAUUCCUAUUGAUGGUAUCGAUGUAUUAGAAUUAAAUCCUAUAUCAGGAUCAGUUCCAAGAAUUGCUCGUCAAGCAGAGCCUGCUUACGUACCAAUAGUGCCAAAUCUUCAUCACGAGGAGUAUGACAAUCCACCACAACGUGCUGAGAGAUCUAUCGGUCACAUUCUUGAUUAUGUGGAUUAUGGCGGACAUACUGGUUCUAACGGUGCCUUUGGCUGGUACGCCGAUUAUCCAGCGCAUCAUUGAUCACAUCAUUCACAAUG